CCGGUUCCGGAAUGAGGGUGGGACCGGAAAUGACGCAGAGGCCGGGAGGGGAAAGGUUUGGAGGAGCUGGCCAGCCGGGAGACAGGAGUGGAGCAUCUGAAGGAGAAGCGAAUGAUCCUCCUUUUGUAGCCAUUUGUUUCUUUUUUCUUCCUAAACGUGGCUUUUGAAACUCGCCUGUUUAAUGUUGUACGGAAUGAAAAGAAGAUUCAACUGUUUCUUGUUCCUUCUGGAAACCAUUCUGUACUGGAUACAGUUAACCUGUUUGCUGUGGAGCUUGGGAAAUCUGCUUUCCACCUGUUGAAUUGUGACCUGCUCUUUUCAAGUAGAAUUCCAUGCAGUAUGUCACUGAGUGAAUGGGUACCUGAGAAGACCAUCUAGCUAGCCUGUGCAACUAUUUCCACCGCUGGUCCCUACUGAUCUGCCACUUUCAUGCUGAGCGUUUUGUGCUUUAAAGUGUUAAGGAAGAUGCAGAGAAGGCACAGCAGUAUCACGGAUAGCCUUCCUCCUGAAAGAAGCCGGAAUCAAACUAUCACCUCAGAGACAAGUGUGGAUGAAGGUGGAGUCUUUGAAGGCCUGAAGACAGAGCCGUCUUCUCCUCCUCCUCAGCUUUUCUCAGGAUUGGGAGGCAUCCCAUCUGGAACGAUAACAGCCACCCCUUUCCAGUCCAGUUUGGUCCUGGGGUCUACAGCAGGAGGCGGGGAGGUGUUCAUUCAGAUGCCUGCGCCGCGGGAGGAGGGGGCCAGCCGUACGGAAGGAGGUCCUUAUCACCGCCAGCAACCCCAGCAUUACCACCACAGCCACCAGCGAGGGUCCUCCCUCCUGCACAUGGCUGGUGGUGACCGUCAUGGCCAUAGUGAGGAAGGCUUUGAGGAGCAGCCUGGGACGCCGGCCCCUGCCCUUUCUGAGCUGAAAGCUGUCAUCUCUUGGUUACAGAAGGGGCUUCCGUUCAUCAUGAUUCUCUUGGCUAAAGUCUGUUUCCAGCACAAGCUUGGAAUUGCUCUGUGUAUUGGCAUGGCCAGCACAUUUGCAUAUGCCAACUCAACUCUCCGAGAGCAAGUCUCCUUGAAGGAAAAGAGGUCAGUGAUGAUGGUUUUCUGGAUCCUGGCCUUCCUUGCAGGGAACACUCUAUAUUUACUCUAUACAUUCAGCUCCCAACAAUUGUAUAACAGCCUCAUAUUCCUGAAACCUAACCUGGAAAAGCUGGAUUUCUUUGAUCUGAUGUGGAUUGUGGGGAUCUCUGACUUCGUACUCAAAUAUCUUACCAUCGCUUUGAAAUGCCUCAUUGUUGCCUUGCCCAAAAUUGUUCUGGCCGUUAAAUCAAAGGGGAAAUUCUACCUAGUCAUUGAAGAGCUGAGCCAGCUCUUCCGUUCCCUGGUUCCCAUUCAGUUAUGGUACAAGUACAUCAUGGGCGAUGAUCCAUCUGGCAGUUAUUUCCUUGGAGGGAUUCUCCUGAUCAUGUACAGUCUUUGCAAAUCCUUUGACAUCUGUGGCCGUGUGGGAAGCGUCCGGAAGGCACUGAAGUUCUUCUGUACCCCUCAGAGCUAUGGGGUCCGUGCAACUAACCAGCAGUGCAGCGAGGCGGGUGACAUCUGUGCCAUCUGCCAGGCUGAGUUUAGAGAGCCGCUGAUCCUCUUAUGCCAGCAUGUUUUUUGUGAAGAAUGCCUCUGCCUUUGGUUUGACCGAGAGAAGACCUGCCCUCUCUGCCGCUCUGCAUCUGUGGAAACCCUGCGAUGUUGGAAAGAUGGUACCACCUCUGCACAUUUCCAGGUGUAUUGAGUUCUAGGUUGUCGCAGGAAAUAGCAUAGAGUAGGAGACAUCCUGUUUUGGGGCUGAGGAGGUGGGAAGAAAGGAAGUUUUGCCUGCAUAAGUACUGGAAGGUGUGGCUUAUUUCUCCCUCACUUUCUUCAUACACGGCAUCAUGAAUUGAUUAAACUGGCCGUCGCAAGAUGCAUCAAUGACCACUAGCACAGAUGGCUUAAGAAGGGGUCUCACAGUUGGUGUCUAGUGGUCAUGAUGGCUAAAGGGAACUGCCAUGUCCAGAGAGUUGCCUUUACAGAUUACAACUCAGAAUCCCUCAGCUAGCAUGACUAAUGACCAUGUUGGUAUGGGGUUCUAGGAGUUGCAAUCCAAAAAUGUGACCCUGCUAUGGAAUGUAUGAGCUGUGGAGAACAACAGUAGCUUUGGUGGAGGUCACUGUGGCAAGCAUGUAUUUAACCACUUUUGGAAAUAGGAUGCUGGAUUAAAUGAAGCUUUAUCUUGACCCAACCAGAGCAUUUUGUAUGUUCUCAGAGAAACCCAUGUUCCAAGUUGUGUCUGCCCAAGUGAGUCUUUCAAUGAAUUUGCUCUCAAACUGAAAGUUGGUCCCAGUCCUAACGGUGUUUGUGUUGUCCAUGUAUUAAUAUCAUGCCAUCAUAUCAUACAUUUUCUUGCUUUCAAAAGCUUUUGGAAUUUGUUAUGUUGUUUUAUAAUCUUGUACAGGUUGAACUUUCUUUAUCUGAAAUGUUUGGGACCAAGUGUUCUAUGUAUAUGUACAUAUAUACAUACAUACAUAUAUUUUACAUUGAACAUCUUUGACAGGACCCAAUGGUUUUGGUUGUUUUCCUAGAAUAUCAAUGGCGCUAUAUAAGCAAACAAUAAUGAUAACAACCUCAUGAGACAGUAUUGUAUGCCUAACUUUCAGUGGCAUGCAUCUCCCUAAGGCUUGUUCUGCAUUAAUCCAUUUUAAAACAUGUGUUUUAAUCAGAAUUGAUAUAACAAGGAGUCCCCAGAGUUGUCCGUCCUCUAUCUCAUACCGAUUUGAAUAGGGAGACAAGUGUGGUGUAGUGCUGAGAUUAUUUGGACUGGUGGGGGACCUGGGUUCUUCCACUGAGCUGUGGAAGUUACUACUUGACACUGAGACUGUUCCUGGUUGCAGUCAGUCUUACUUCUGCUGUGAGGAGCAGCGCCAUACAGGCCACCUGUGCCACUUUGAGCUGGUUGAAGCUGGGAUAUAUGUGUAACAAAUAAAAUGAUAUAAACUCUC